AUUCCCAGUCAAGCCAAGGAGAGGCUGCAAGGAAGGCCAGAGAAUCACAGAAAGGGGAGUAGGGGUCAUUUUUUCACCCAUCUCGGAUCACAGGGAGAAGCAAGUUGGGCAAAUGACUGGAGAAAAAACAAAGGCAAGCCGAGUGCUGGGGAGAGAUGUUCCCCUGAAGUGAGAUGGGGCUGGACCGUGGGAGGAAGGGGAGAGGGAGGGCUGGCGGGGGCAACUGACAGCUGACAACAGAGGCGCCGAGGCAGAGGCUGGAGGAACCAGGAGCAGCAGCUACACAGAAGAGAUGGGAGAAGAGGCUAAUGAUGACAAGAAGCCAACCACUAAAUUUGAACUAGAGCGAGAAACAGAACUUCGCUUUGAGGUGGAGGCAUCUCAGUCAGUUCAGUUGGAGUUGUUGACUGGCAUGGCAGAGAUCUUUGGCACAGAGCUGACCCGAAACAAGAAAUUCACCUUUGAUGCUGGUGCCAAGGUGGCUGUUUUCACUUGGCAUGGCUGUUCUGUGCAACUGAGCGGCCGCACUGAGGUGGCUUAUGUCUCCAAGGACACUCCUAUGUUGCUUUACCUCAACACUCACACAGCCUUGGAACAGAUGCGGAGGCAAGCGGAAAAGGAAGAAGAGCGAGGUCCCCGUGUGAUGGUAGUGGGCCCCACUGAUGUGGGCAAGUCUACAGUGUGUCGCCUUCUGCUCAACUAUGCAGUGCGUUUGGGCCGCCGUCCCACUUAUGUGGAGCUGGAUGUGGGCCAGGGUUCUGUGUCCAUCCCUGGUACCAUGGGGGCCCUCUACAUUGAGCGGCCUGCAGACGUGGAAGAGGGUUUCUCUAUCCAGGCCCCUCUGGUGUAUCAUUUUGGUUCCACCACUCCUGGCACCAACAUCAAGCUUUAUAAUAAGAUUACAUCUCGUUUAGCAGAUGUGUUCAACCAAAGGUGUGAGGUGAACCGAAGGGCAUCUGUGAGUGGCUGUGUCAUCAACACCUGUGGCUGGGUCAAGGGCUCUGGUUACCAGGCUCUGGUGCAUGCAGCCUCAGCUUUUGAGGUGGAUGUCGUUGUGGUUCUGGAUCAAGAACGACUGUACAACGAACUGAAACGGGACCUCCCCCACUUCGUACGCACCGUGCUGCUCCCUAAAUCUGGGGGUGUGGUGGAGCGCUCCAAGGACUUCCGGCGGGAAUGUAGGGAUGAGCGUAUCCGUGAGUAUUUUUAUGGAUUCCGAGGCUGUUUCUAUCCCCAUGCCUUCAAUGUCAAAUUUUCAGAUGUGAAAAUCUACAAAGUUGGGGCACCCACCAUCCCAGACUCCUGUUUACCUUUGGGCAUGUCUCAAGAGGAUAAUCAGCUCAAGCUAGUACCCGUCACUCCUGGGCGAGAUAUGGUGCACCACCUACUGAGUGUUAGCACUGCCGAGGGCACAGAGGAGAACCUGUCUGAGACGAGCGUAGCUGGCUUCAUUGUGGUGACCAGUGUGGACCUGGAGCAUCAGGUGUUUACUGUUCUGUCUCCAGCCCCCCGCCCACUGCCUAAGAACUUCCUUCUCAUCAUGGACAUCCGGUUCAUGGAUCUGAAGUAGAGAUCAGCAGGAAGCCUAGCUGCCUGGGACAUAGAGAUCUUCUGGCCACCCCUAGAGGCAGAUGGGCUGAGAUAAGAGACUCUGUUGGGGCCACCUGACCAGUAAACUGUGGACUAGUAGAAGUUCAUAUUCUACCUCUAAAAACAGGUAGUGGUAACCUGACUCUUCUAAUCUGGAACCAAAAGGAAAACCAUGAGACUCUAAUUGGUUGCUUAGACUACCUAAGAUGCCACUUUGAAUUCUCUAAGACCCUGGAGAAUUGCAUUUCUUUCACUGUGCUAGUUUGUGGUUUUUAAAAAUCAAUGCUUUAUAUUCCGUAUAGGGUUCUUACCCAUUUAUCUAGGAUGAAAGUGUGAACUAGAGGGACUCUUUCCAAUAAAGUUCAAACUUAAAAAUCAUUUUAAUAAAUAUUUUUGCCAUGUCAUA